GCGCAGCACAGGUAAAAUGAGAAAGGUCCAUUAUCAAUCGGGAUAGUUUUGUUCGAUCUGUUCAAUCCGCUCGGUCUCUGUUCUGGAGCAUUUCGAGUGUUCGACCACAACCGACUCACAUUGACAAAUGACAUUUUCUAAAUUUGUCGAAUGCUCACUUCGUCAUUAAUCGACCAUUUUGUUUUUGAACUUUCGAAGGGAAGGCGAGGAAGGCAAAAGGGUGCGUCCUUUUGAAAUUUUUGCAUAAAAUUCAUAUUUUAUAUUCUUUAUUCGCGAUAAAUUAAUAACUGAACUUAUCAGAAAUGAAGAGAGAACAUAACAAUGACAAUGGCUUAGAGCCUGAGCAAUUGAGAAAAUUGUUCAUUGGAGGGCUCGAUUUUCGCACCACAGACGAUUCCCUGAAAAAACAUUUUGAACAAUGGGGCGACAUUGUGGACGUUGUUGUCAUGAAAGAUCCCAUUACCAAAAGGAGCAGGGGAUUUGGUUUUAUCACUUACUCGAAAGCGCAUAUGGUUGAUGAUGCCCAAAAUGCCAGGCCGCAUAGGGUUGAUGGUCGUGUUGUUGAGCCAAAACGGGCGGUGCCGCGUCAAGAGAUUGGACGUCCUGAGUCUGGUGCAACUGUUAAGAAACUAUUUGUUGCCGGAAUAAAAGAUGACAUUGAAGAAGAAGACCUAAGGGAUUACUUUAAGACAUUCGGCAACAUCUUGACUUGCUCUGUUGUCGUAGACAAAGAGACCAAAAAGAAGCGAGGUUUUGCCUUUGUUGAAUUUGAAGAUUAUGAUUCAGUUGAUAAGAUUGUUUUGCACAGAGGUCACACUAUCAAAGGCAAACCAGUUGAUGUGAAAAAAGCCUUGCACAGAAAUGACAUUCAGCAAGGAGGAGGAGGAGGAGGAGCACCUAUGGGAGGAAGUCCGAUGGGUGGACGUGGGGGACGUGGAGGUGGCGGACGUUCAGGAGGGCGUUCAGGAAACAUGCAAGGAGGGGGCAAUUAUGGUCACGGGGGCGGUAACUAUGGAGGUCAGCAACCAGCUCCUUGGGGAGGCCAUCAACAAAACAACUGGGGUGGGAAUCAAGGUAAUGAAUGGGGUGGAAAUCAAGGGGGACAAACUGUCCCAUGGAACAGCAACUCAGGAGGCAGCGGUGGUUGGGAGCAACCUCAACAAUCUUGGGGUGGCCAACAGCAACAACAAGGGUAUAGUCAAGGACCACCACAAGGAGGAUAUAACACUAGUGGAUGGGGUGGACAAAAUGUGCAACCUUCUGGGCCUCCUCAAGGAAAUAGCUUUGGUAAUAAUUACCAACAAGGUUACGCUGGUGGCGCUGUGAGGAAUAACUAUCAACAGCAAAGGACUGCUCCUUACAAUUCUGGUGGCUACGGUAGUGGUGGAUACCAACAAGGUCAGGCAGUUGGUAGCACUGGCAACAGAAGAUAUUAAAUUUCUAAUGUAAGUUUAUUUCUCCCGCAUCAAUCCGUUUUCACAAAUACGUAUCGUGCCAGCCAUUCUAUAAAUAAUUUGGACAAUUUUUAAUAUUUUGCUGCACUGAAAAGUAAUUCAAUUUGUGAAAAAAAGUAAUUUUCUGAGCUUUCAUUGAUCAAAUUUUGAUAUUAAAAGUUGUCUACAUUUAUUUGAUCCUAUUCUUAUUUUAUUAUAAAUGGCUAAAUCAAAAGGACAAACUUAAUACUUUUUUUGAAGGGAGAUUAGUUUUUAAGUAAUUUAUCAUUGGACAAGUUUUAGGUUAUAGUUUUGUGUCGAUUUCUGCAAAUGUGUUAGUAAUAGGUUCAUGUCAUGAUUUUAAUGUGCAACUUUUGUAAUACAUACUAAUUAAAGGACUUAAUAAAAAUACAAACUAAAAG